CAGGGGCCGGCUGUGCCUGGUGAUAAGCCCGGGGGUGCCAGCUUGGCUUCCUGUGGGUGGCCACAGCCCUGCUGGAGUCACCCGGGAUCUUCCCCUUGGGCUGCAGGUCCGGCUCCAGCCCAGACCUCAGCCUGCCUGCGGCUUCCUGGAGAGCUGCAGGGACGGGGCGGGAGGGAUCAGGGAUGGGGCAGGAGGCUCCUGUAUUGCUGUUCCAGGGCCCUCCCCACUCAGGGGGGUCGGGGUCCCCAUGUCCUUACCCACGUCCCCCCCUGCAGCUGCCAUGGAUGACAUCUUCACACAGUGCCGGGAGGGCAACGCGGUGGCCGUGCGGCUGUGGCUGGACAACACCGAGAAUGACCUCAACCAGGGGGACGACCAUGGGUUCAGCCCCCUGCACUGGGCCUGCCGCGAGGGCCGCUCCAACGUGGUGGACAUGCUCAUCAUGCGCGGGGCCCGCAUCAACGUCAUGAACCGCGGCGAUGACACCCCGCUGCACCUGGCCGCCAGCCACGGCCACCGGGACAUCGUGCAGAAGCUGAUGCAGUUCAAAGCAGACAUCAAUGCAGUGAAUGAGCACGGGAACACACCGCUGCACUAUGCCUGCUUCUGGGGACAUGAGCAGGUGGCUGAGGACCUGGUGGGCAGUGGGGCCCUGGUCAGCAUUGCUAACAAAUAUGGUGAGACCCCCACAGACAAGGCCAAGACGCCACUGAGAGAGGUCCUGAAAGAGCGUGCUGAGAAGCUGGGCCAGAGCCUCACCAAGAUCCCCUACAAGGACACCUUCUGGAAGGGCACAACCCGCACCCGGCCCAGGAAUGGGACCCUGAACAAACUCGCUGGGAUUGACUUCAAACAGCUGAGCCUGAGCCACAAACUGAACGAGAACCAGUCGGGAGAGCUGUGGAAGGGGCGCUGGCAGGGCAAUGACAUCGUCAUCAAAAUGCUGAAGAUCCGGGACUGGACGACGCGAAAGAGCCGGGACUUCAACGAGGAGUACCCAAAGCUGCGGAUCUUUUCCCACCCCAACGUGCUGCCGGUGCUGGGUGCCUGCCAGGCCCCUCCAGCUCCUCACCCCAUUGUCAUCAGCCAUUGGAUGCCCUACGGCUCCCUGUACAACGUCCUGCACGAGGGAACCAAUUUUGUGGUGGACCAGAUGCAGGCGGUGAAGUUUGCCUUCGAUAUCGCGCGGGGCAUGGCCUUCCUGCACACGCUGGAGCCCCUCAUCCCACGGCACCACCUCAACAGCCGCAGCGUCAUGAUCGAUGAGGACAUGACGGCACGGAUCAGCAUGGCCGACGUCAAGUUCUCCUUCCAGUGCCCAGGGCGGAUGUACGCCCCGGCCUGGGUGGCCCCCGAAGCCCUGCAGAAGAAACCAGAGGAGAUCAACCGGCGCUCGGCUGACAUGUGGAGCUUCGCGGUGCUGCUGUGGGAGCUGGUGACACGUGAGGUGCCCUUCGCUGACCUGUCCAACAUGGAGAUUGGUAUGAAGGUAGCGCUGGAGGGGCUGCGUCCCACCAUCCCCCCUGGCAUCUCCCCCCACAUCUGCAAACUGAUGAAGAUCUGCAUGAACGAGGACCCAGCCAAGCGCCCCAAGUUCGACAUGAUCGUGCCCAUCCUGGAGAAGAUGCAGGAGAAGUAGAGAGGAGGCGCCUCCCCCCUCCAGUGCUGCCUUGCGCCCCCCGCCACCCCCAAGUGCCUUUAGCCCUCGAGCCAGGGGGAGCAGAGGACACCCCUGACCCUGAGCCAGCCACGGACACACGGUACAGAUGGCACUGCCUGCGCCGGAGCUCUGCAGGCUCCGGACCCCCGCCCAGGGCAGCCCUAACCCAGCCUCUGGGCAGCCCCCAGCCCAGUGCAGCCCCCCUACCCCAGGGCAUGGCGUGUGGCUUGGCCCUGCUGCUGGGGGAUGGGGCUGUGGGGCCCCCUGUCCCCCUUGCUGGCCAAAGCCCAAGCCAGGACUCAGCCCCCCAAGGCUGGGGGGGAAGGGGCAGGCCAGGAGAGGCCACCUGUGGUGCCCAGCACUGCCCCCGCUUCGCGCUUCACUGGCCACUUCCCUCUGGCCCCACAAUGGCCACUGGCAACCAAAUAAACUUUUGGUAUGGAA